AUGGGAGAUGUAUACCGCAAAGUUGGGCGCGGCGGCGCCGGUAACUUUUACUCGCAAAAGGACGUCGAGGAGCACCUGGCACAAUCAUCCAGCGACGAUGUUGAGGCGCAAAAGCCCGCCCCCGCCGACGACGUCCCGUCGGACCCUGCCAUUGAGCAGCAGCAGCAAGCAGCACCACCCACGGACAACGGUGGAGGAGGUAAUAGCGACGCCGCACAGCAGCCCGUCGUCUACGGCGUGAGGACGGGCCGUGGUGGGGCCGGCAAUUUUAUUGAUCCCCAGACAGCCGCGGCGGCGGCGGCAUCAUCGUCACUAGACUCGACGACAGCAGUAGCAGGAGGAGGAGGAGGAGGGCCAGCGAUCCGGCAGCACGCCCAGCCGCGCCCGCCGACGGUCCACACGACGGGGAACCAGUCCUUCUUCCUGCGCCAGCAGCAGCAAGAGGCCGAGAGCGGCAGCGCGCCCCCGCGGCUCAGCGGACGGGGCGGCGCAGGCAACUGGGGCGGCGGGCCGAGCGAAGCCGAACGCAGGAGGGUCGACGAGGAGCAGGAGCGCAAGAGGCGCGAAGCGCUUGAUCAGCACAUCUUUGACGACGUUCGGGCCGGGCUCAAGGAGCCUGGACGGGCGCACACGCGCGUGCAGCCUCACGGCCGGGGGGCUGGGAUGAAGGGCUUUGAGGAUUCCUGA